GCUGUUCUAGAAGCAAUCAAAAUAAUCAAACUAAUAUAAGUAAUAUGAAUAAUAUAUGUAUUCCUCUUGAUUCUAUCACAAAUGUAAUAGAAAAUAAUGAAGGAAGGGUUGAUAUUAAUAGUGAAUCUACAAAAAGAGUAUCAAAGGAAUCUACAAAAAGAUUUGGUUCAGAUAUAGAUAUAUCUCAAGAUAUUGAAAUAUUUAAACUGAUGUUAAAAAGAUUAUAA